AUGCGGUCCGUCAGCCACAUCUUCGUUCUUUGCUCGUUAAUUCUGCUGGUGUCGUAUGUGGGAGCCUCGCAGGGGGAUGGUAGACACGCUGUAGCACAGCCAAUUGGCUUAGCACGGCGGCAGGAUAAUGAGGGCACGACGGAUAAGCCCCAGAAAACGGGGGAUUCCACUAUCACUGACGCUCCCACAGGGACUGGGGACUCAACAGCAACAGAUGGAAAUACCAACGAGAACACCGGUAAAACCACUGGCGCAAAGGAAACGGGUACCAAGGGUACCAAAACAUCAAAACCCAAGUCCACGAAAGUCCCCGUUGACGCCCCCGCCGGUGGCAUUAAAAUGGUCCAACCAGCCAUAACCGAUCCGGCGACAUAUAUCAAGAUCGGGACAACAGCAACAUUCAAGUGGAAUUACACGUCGCUGAUCAUCACCCCGUCCGCUGUCGAAGUGGUUGCGUCCUGUAGCAAAAACUCCCAUGCAUAUACCAUCUCCGGCAAUAUGAGCGUCCAAGAAACCGCACAAGUCGUGUGGGACACCGGUCGCUAUCAGACAAGCGAUGUGCCGUUACUCACCGAAGAUUACACGCUUAUGGUCUAUGACAGUUCUAAGGACCCCUCUGAUAUCCCUCAGCCUGGCCAUUUGGGUGCCCAAAGCCCGUUGAUCUUCGGGAUGUAUUAUCCUCAGCCCUACACUCCACGCAAUGAUUUCGUCUGUGCCGGCUGCAACGCUGCCGUCUCAGACAUGGAACGGCAAGCUCUCAAAUUCAUCGUCGGCAUGGCGGCCGUCACGGUUCUCUCAUUCACAUGGUUCGUUACGGGCGCUGGUACUUUGUAA